AUGGAGGUUCGAAAUCACGUCGAUGACAUUUGCUAUAUCGAGACGUUGUCGAAACACAGCCUUGUGUCACGUUUGGUCAAUUACCAGCCGCUCACUAGCUCGCAGGUAAAGAUCAAGUCGUAUCCGCUGGAGCAGAUCAAAAAUCAACGUGUGCAAGAGUCUCUGGUGGUGCGAGACCUUCUAAACGUGCUCGUGGGAUUGGAAGGAGUAUACAUCAGAUACAACAAUAGUUAUCAGCCCGUUCUAGGCUCACAGGAUGAUUUACGUGGGCCUGACUUCAGAAUAGCUAAAAACAUGGAUCUUUCCCUUAAGAGCUUUGCCAAAUGGAUCGUAAAAUUCGGCAAAAUUUACGUUGUUCUAACCCGCUUCAGUGAGCGUUAUAGUGAACCACUCUAUGGGUCCAUAAUGCACCGGUUGUGUUUUGAGAUUCGCAAGUUCCUAACCCAUGAGUACGUUCGACAAAUUGUUGAUACGGCAGAGAUGGAAUUCCAGAGCAACCCACUUUUCAGCAUUCGAGAAUUGGGGCAGCUUUUAACCCAAAAUUGUGCUCACAAAGCGCAGAUACUUUACGAUUUGGUUCAGAAUAUCAUGCGUGAAAUGAAUCGUCGAGCGCUUAUGGACCGUGAAGAAGCGGAUUUCCAAAACUUUAUACAGGAUUUGAAAAAAGAGAAAGACCUUACAAAUCCAUUUUUCGAUCACGAUCAAAUCAGCUCUGCUUCCUUCAUAACUGACUCAAGGAUAAACAUCCAUGCUCGAGGCGGCGUGAUCCUGCAGAUGAUUCAAGACAAGCUGAAAAGCAACAGAGGGAACGAGCGCAACGUCAGCUUCCUUAAAAAGCUUUUCGAUGAUGUCUCCGUGCAGUAUUGCUCCAUGUUGGAUAGUUGGCUCACUAAUGGAUCCCUGGGGGACCCUUAUGAGGAGUUCAUGGUCGCAGAUACCGCAAAAUCGACACCACGUCAAGAGGCAGCUCGCUUGAAUUCACUAAAUAGUGAACGCCUCUGGGACACACAGUAUGUGAUACGUAAGGACGGGCUUUUGGAUGAUUUCAAUAAUGGCAACAUCGCCUUCAAAGUCCUAAUGACAGGCAAGUUGCUGAACUUGUUUCGUACCUGCUGUGAUUUACAAAGUAUAGUAGACGUUUUACCAGAUGAUAAUAUGAAGCAACCGCUUAAAACGCUACCGCAGGGGACGCAACUUAUGUUAUACGUCGAUCAGCAUUAUGCUCGCGCAAACAAGUUGGCACAGAUACUAUUUUAUAACGGGUACAACUUCCCCCGCGUUCUAAAAGAGUUUCACCAUAGCUUCCUGUUCUGCAAUAAUCCUGGCUUUUUCCGAAAGUUCUUUAAUCGGUCUUUAGUGGAGCUUACCAAGCUUCGAAGUGACUCGGUUCAAGUAAAGCUUCAAAGAACGUUUCAAGAAUACCAAAGUUGCCGAGAGGAUGAACACACCAACGUCGUAUUGCCUUUGUUGAAUCUUCAGCUCGACAAGCAUAGUUUCUACCGUGUUAUCGAACAGUUUUCGUCUGAAACAGCCAAUGGUAAAGACAAUGCAGACCUUUUGCAGGCCCGAAAUUUUGGAAAUCUUCGUGAUUUGCUUCUGCAAGAUUUGGACAUGGAAGAAACUAGUGACGCAAGCAAAUCUAAGAAGGGAGAGUUGGAGUGCUCUAUACAUCACUUACAAUUCGAGAUCAUUGUGCCAUACCCCCUGAACACGCUCAUUUCCAAGACAUGUGUAUUCCAAUACCAAACAAUCCAAAGGUAUCUCUUUCUACUGCACUACUAUAACAAAGUACUGCAAGAUACAUGGUUUGAGAUCAACAAAAACAAAAUCUGGAGGCACCCAGGGUUCAGUAAAGACGUGCAUCAAUGGAUUCGACGAUGCAGAGUUGUUCAUUUCCGGAUGACGCAGUUUAUGAAAUUCAUCUUGGAAUACACCACCCAGGACGUUAUUCAGAGUGGAUGGUCGGAACUUGAACCUCAGAUAACAAAUGCAAGCGCUUCAGAGUUUGAUUUCUCACAUUGCCAAUCGGCACUUCAAGAUCUUUUGACGCAGCAAAUGUCACACUCUCUAUUAACAAAUGCUUCGCUAGUACGAUUGCUAGUGCAAAUUACAGACAUCGUGCACAGGUUUUGUAAAUUUGUUACGUCACUCAGGAAAACUUUGUGUUUAUUGGACGUUCGUUUGUACUCCUACUACCACGGACAGCUUCCAGAUGACAAGCAAUAUGACGAAUCUAUGGCGUUGCAGAAGCUUCAAGAAUUGCAGGAAUACCUGGAUCUAGUUUGGGAUAGUUUCACUCAGCACAAGAACGCUUUUGCCGAAGGUGUACGAUAUUAUUGCAAUCACGGUUCGAUACGAAGUGGACUAAAUCCUGUGUUGUCACUAGCAGAGAGAUUAAGGGAUAUGGAGCUGGAGGGUCGUUGA